GACGGGCAGGACGGCGUGUGAAUUAAGCAGUGGCAUUCCUGUGAUUCCAUCGACAAUUUUCUAUGUCAAAAAGUAAAACAAUUAUAGAAAUCGAAGAAAUUGGAAGUGAAAACCAAAAUCUUCGGUCUCUCCGCCGCCGUCGUCCUCCUCCUCUCGCUCUCCCCGCCUACCACCGUCGUCCCGAAAUCCCUCGCUUUGGCGAUCUUAAUCUACUGGGAUUAAACAGGUGAUGGCGACGGCGUCCUUCCGGUCGGCCACGGGGCGCUCCUCGGUAGGCAAGGGCAGAGAAGCCGCCCCCUCCGCUGGAGGCGCCAGCAAAUCCAGCCGCAGCGGGACCAACCGCAGAUCGAGGAGCCUCGGCCGAUACUCCGGACGCUUCCCCCCGACCCCUCCUGGCACCGACGACUUCGCGACCCCCCGCAGCAGGUUCGUCAACAAGGUCCGCGGGGCCGGUGUCCCCGAAGUCAGCGUCGAUGACCUCGCAGAGGAGUUCUUUCGGGCGAGGGCGGAGUCGGAUGAGGAAAGCGACGUUUCCUGCGCCAGGAAUCGGGGCCGGAGCUCUGUCGCAAGCUACUUGAGAGGGACGGAGUCGUCUCGCCAGCGCGGAAGGUCCGUUUCGAGGCCUCCUGAUCGCCAGGCAGUGCUUCCUAAGGGCGUGCCCGAUCGCGUCUCGAGGCGUCGGCGAUCCGUCUCGGUUGCUCGGCAUCGCUACAGCGAGUCGGAGAAUGAUGUGGAAUCUCAAAGCUCGAGCAUUAAAAGUAAAUCAAAGACUUCUUGCAACAAUGUAUUGCAGCUGUCUUCAUCACAUAGGGCAGUGAAGAACGGUGUUCUGAGCAGGUCUAUGAGCCAAAAGGAUUUUUACCAUUCACAAGAUAACUACUCGAGCCAUUCUUCUUCAUUAACUGAUGAUGAAGCUCGAGAUUUCCGUUCAGGAACAUGUGGCGAUGAAAAGACAUUCCAAACAAUCUAUGUCCAGGAAAAGCUCAGGGCUACAAAAGAAUCAUCAGAGUAUUCUAAUGGGAAUAACAUUCAGCCAAAAAGCUCUGAAGCUCUGGAAACUAUUGUUGAAAUCAGAAGAAACUACACAACCAAGCUUGAACAGUCAGAGAAACGCAAGCAGGAAUUGUUAGCUCAGUUAGCUUGGGAAGAGGAACGCGGUCAGGAGCUCUGCAAAAUUGUGAAAGAUUUGCUGCCUUCAACAAGUCCUGCUGUUCCAGAAAGGCAAUUGCGGUCAAGAAGAAGGAGCAAUGACAAAACAAGAAUGUCUAACCGGUUGACUGAAGAAGCAGAGCAGUACUUAGCAGAUUUUCUUAGUAAUGUUGAAGAUACGGAUAUAUCUUCCUUCGAUGGAGAAAGGAGCGAUACAAGCUCAAGCAUUAGAGAUCUUGGAUCAAACAACUUCAAAACAGUAACUCACGACACUUUGAUGAGAGCUAGGCCAGUGCCUGCUGACGCGGACGGUGUUCUUCUUCCUUGGUUGCAAUGGGAAACUAGUACUAGUCCAUUUUCGCCUUGCAAAGACAAGCCUGGAGUUCCAAUUUCCACAGGAAACAACUCAUAUGCUGCUGCUGCAACAAUGCUGACACAGGAGGCAGGUGCUGAGAUCAGUAAUGACAGUAAGAUCACGAGCAGUUUGGGGAGUUGGAGCCCUGGUGGAAUCGAAAACUCUUCCAUGGCUUCUCACAACAGAAGUCAAAGCAAGUUCAGAUUCGUAGAUCAUCAUUCCAAUGGCAGAACAAGUGCAUCUUCAUUCGACAUGGACGAGUACCUGAACUUGAAGCGAACUGAAGAUCUUCUUUUUGAAAGGCUGAUACAGAGGCGACGAAUAGAAUCCGGCGGCAUCAUCCUUUGUGGAGGACGAUUCUUAAUCUAGAUUUUCAUUGCUUAAUCUAUCCUUGAAUUGUAUUGUUUGUCUGAGAACUUGUGCAUAAUUUUGUAGGGCUGAAGUUAGCAUUCAUCCUCUUGGAGUGUU